AUGGCAUCGAACAGCAUCUUCGAUUCCUUCCCGACCUACUCGCCGACCUUCAUCCGCGACCCGAGCACCAGCCGCCGCUUCACACCUCCCUCCACGGCCUUCCCCUGCGGCGGCGGCGGCGGCGGCGGCGGCAAGAUGGGCGAGAACAGCGGCGCGCUGGGCGCGCAGGCGGCCGUGGGGCCCGGCGGGCGCGCCCGACCCGAGGUGCGCUCGAUGGUGGACGUGCUGGCGGACCACGCGGGCGAACUCGUGCGCACCGACAGCCCCAACUUCCUCUGUUCCGUGCUGCCCUCGCACUGGCGCUGUAACAAGACGCUGCCCGUCGCCUUCAAGGUGGUGGCUCUGGGGGACGUGCCAGAUGGAACGGUGGUGACAGUGAUGGCGGGCAAUGAUGAGAACUACUCCGCUGAGCUGCGCAACGCCUCGGCUGUCAUGAAGAACCAGGUGGCCAGGUUCAACGACCUUCGCUUCGUGGGCCGCAGUGGGCGAGGGAAGAGUUUCACACUGACCAUCACCGUAUUCACCAACCCCACGCAAGUGGCCACCUACCACCGAGCCAUCAAGGUGACCGUGGAUGGACCCCGGGAGCCCAGACGGCAUCGACAGAAGCUGGAGGACCAGACCAAGGCGUUCCCCGACCGCUUCGGGGACCUGGAGCGCCUGCGCAUGCGGGUGACGCCGAGCACGCCCAGCCCCCGAGGCUCACUCAGCACCACCAGCCACUUCAGCAGCCAGGCCCAGACCCCCAUCCAAGGCGCCUCCGACCUGAACCCUUUCUCCGACCCCCGCCAGUUUGACCGCUCCUUCGCAGCGCUGCCGACCCUCCCGGAGAGCCGCUUCCCCGACCCCCGGAUGCAUUACCCAGGGGCCAUGUCGGCCGCCUUCCCCUACAGCGCCACCCCCUCGGGCACGAGCAUCAGCAGCCUCGGCGUGGCCAGCAUGCCGGCCACCGGCCGCUUCCACCACACCUACCUCCCACCGCCCUACCCGGGGGCCCCGCAGAACCAGAGCGGGCCCUUCCAGGCCAACCCUUCCCCCUACCACCUCUACUACGGCGCUUCCUCCGGCUCUUACCAGUUCUCCAUGGUGGCCGGCAGCAGCAGCGCUGGUGACCGCUCGCCCACCCGCAUGCUGGCCUCCUGCCCCAGCAGCGCCGCCUCUGUCGCCACCGGCAACCUCAUGAACCCCAGCCUGGGUGGCCAGAGCGACGGUGUGGAGGCCGAUGGCAGUCACAGCAACUCGCCUACCGCCCUGAGCACGCCCGGCCGCAUGGACGAGGCCGUGUGGCGGCCCUACUGA